AUACGGAGAUUUUAAGCCGGUUCACACGCAAGUAUCCCUUCAUGCGGGAGAAAGUUGGUUCAGGACAUGAUGCUUUACGUGAGUCUUUAAAAAACAAAUUCAAAAAGGAAAGGCGACCCCUUAUUGGUGACUCAAUGGUGCAACAAAUGCGUGCAAAAUUUGCUGUGGCAGGAUCUGGAAGGAAGCGUAGUUUUCCGGGUCAACCAAGCCAGCUUCUCCACAUCAACAGGCCCACUGCUCAGGAGAGUGAAGAAUGUAGAGAGGAUGAAAGGAGAAUUGAAGCUCACAUCAAUGAAAUGUCUACAGAGAUGCUUAAGCUUCUGUGGGAGAUGAAGGAGCAAUUCCUUGUAGAAGCUGAUCGCAGAAUGGUCACAGAGCUGGAUCGAAUGGCAACGAAGAUGGUUCAAAGAGCAUCUGUGUGUGACCUAAAGGACUGCUGCCAGAGGGCAAUCAAUGCCUGCCUGGAUGAUUCAGUAAGACGAGGACUCAUUAGGGAUGCAGCAAUUCUACUGCUGCCUUCCAUUUUCAGAGAGGACUCAUCCUUUCUAUACACUCUACUGGAGGAGCCAAACGUGCCUACUCCAGCAAUCAUGCUCCAUAACACACACGAGGGGAACCCUUUGCAGGUGCAAAGGAUAACCCUAUAUCUGGAUGGUAUACAGGUUUUGACUGAGGGCAGCAGCAUGGACAUAUCAUAUGCUAUGAGUGCAUUAAUGUCACUCUAUUUUGUUUUUGCUGUCCAGUACCCAAAGGAACUGAGAAAAACUUAUUUUCAUUGAAAGAUUUGUGUUGGGGAUCAAGGACCACAGUGUUGUACCCAUUUCAGUGAAGAGACUAUACAACUGUGUCGGAAGUGGGGAGUAGUGAGUAGAUGUGUUGCAGCAUGGGAUUUCAUGCUUUAUGUUCUUGUUAAUGGUCAAAUUCCUGCUGCUGCCCUUUGUUUGUACAUAUUGAUAAAAAAAUAUCCCUUAUUUAAUAAAUAUUUUGGACCAAUACAUUUUGUUUGAUUUUGGCAUAGUGACGUCUCUAGAUUUCCAUUAUUGUUACAAUACGUAACAUUUUGAGUACUUGUUACACAACACUGAAAAGUAUUUCAACAUUAUUUAAAUCAAUGUGAAAACUUUGGGAUUCCCUCACUUUCUCAUGAUUCUGUUCCACUGUCACAAUUAGUACAUACCGUAUGUACACUGAUUCUUUUCAUUGGACCAUGCAUUAUUUUGUUUGUAGAUAGCUUACAAUAAGGCGCAGUAAAUGCAGUAAGUGCACCUUGGAUUGAUUGAACUAAAACUAUUUUGUGUCUCUUUCUGCCAUGUCACCAUUGCUGGAGAUUUAUUAACACAAAUUC